AUGUCUGAGGUCGUUGACUUUGAAGUUCCGUGGCAUUUGAUCUACCACUACUACAUCUCUGGUACAAUCGCCAUUUGUCUCAAUUUACUAGUCAUCUAUCUAAUUCUAUUCCACAGUGGGAAGCUUGAUAACUUCAGAUUUUACUUGUUGGCUUUUCAAAUCUGGUGUACCGCUUCCGAUGUGAACAUUGCGUUUCUAUUCCAGCCAAUCUUUCUGUUCCAAAUUUUAGCUGGAUACGGCCAUGGAUGGUUUUACGACUGGUUUGAUUUUACCUCGUUCACGUGUUUUGCAAUCUUCACAUUACUGCUCAGUGGCCAAAUCGAAGUGCUCACGAUCUGCUUCUUCCGUAAACAUCACGCAAUUAUGAAGCUGAGACCCACCACUGAUAAAGUACCCUAUCCAAUUAUCUAUGUACUUUGCAUGUGCUACUCCAUAGUCAUCACGUUGUCAUGCUACUCUAUCCGAAUAAGCAAGGAGGAACAAUGGCAGUUGAUCCAAUUGAACUAUCCAUCUAUGGUGCCGCAGUUUCAAAGGCUUCGAGAAUUUUCGAUAGUCCGUAUGACUUAUGAAUUGAUUACUCUUUUAGUGCUUAAUGCAGUUGGAACGUUUAAGACGACGCUUGUGAUAUCUGUGUUAGUAUUUCGAAUGUAUAACGUGUUAUUUUUGAUGCAAAGUCAAUUGUCAAGAACUACAUUGGCUAAGCAUAAGAUUGCGUUAAAAUGUUUGGUUUUGCAGUUCAUGACAACACCUAUAUCCUUCCUCCCGGCGUUCGUGCUUCUUCUGAACGUGGCAUUCCCAACACCAUACUCACAAGAAAUAUCUAACUUUUCACUGAUGGUUGCUACCACGCACUCCACAGCAAACUGUUUGGUAGUGAUGACAACAUACCCAGAGUUCAGGAAAACUGUGAUGUUCUGGAAGAAAUCGAGGGGUUCGCGUGUAAGCAUCUCAUCUCUGCGUCCCAGUAAUUUAUAAUUGCAUGAGGGGAAAAUAAUUGAGGAAGUACUUAAUGAAUUUGUUCGAACUCAA